CAGAGCUCAUCCAGAAAAGAGAGUUUUGCUGCACGAGGAUCUUCCUUAGUAACCGUGGAUAAACAUGAGUUACUACAGUAUAAGGUAAAGUAAAAGAUAGUAUUUGUAUUUGUUCCGUUUGGCCAAACUUGGGCACGAGAUGCUAGCCGGUGUCUAUCGUUUUCUUUUACACGUAAAAACUUUUAUUUUUUUAUAAAGGCACCAUUGCAUACAGUAGAGGCAGCUAACGUUAGCUUCUAAUCGCAACAAGCUAGCUGUAAAAAUUCCCAGCAGGCGGAUAAACACAGCUGACGGAUAACAUGUCUUUUCUCCCCUCAUUUUGACGAUAUAUGUGACUCAUUUAAUGUCAAGCUAAAGUAAGCGAGCUAACGGUCGAAGUGUCACAGCACAGCAAAGGAAAUAAAUGAACUAUUCGGCUACAUUAACGCUAUUACAAGUGAAUAACGUGCUUUAAUCGUGUUUAUGAUGGCUCGCUAGCCAGUACAAAUGGAACAACAUUUGGAAAGCAAUGGACUGUCUAGUUACGUAAUAUAUUUUUUGCAUUUCUGUAUUUUGACUUGCAAUUUCCUGCGGUAUUCCCGUCGAUACAAUGUAGCGACAACUUCACUCAAUAUGUAGCUUUGCGUGGAGUUUUGGAAUGUGGAAUUAUGCGGCGCCUUCCGUUUAAUUACAACGUAUCAAGUGUUAUGCAUCGCAGAUGGUGGAAGGCACACGGUCACUUCAGAGCCCUGGCUUUAGGUUGAAGUAGCUUUAAGUCCAGUGACGCAAGAGGCAUAAUGAAAUCAAAACAUUGCAUGUCAUGUUAGAGCAUGUCUUCCUGUAGCCUCUGUCUAUUCUUGUGUCAAAGAGUUCAUGUUAAUUAGUUACGUUAUACGUCCUCGCCACGUAAACGAGCAACUAAAGUUAUUGACCUAAUAUAUCGAUAACCAAGUGAAAGAAAGUAGGGCAUUUGAAAAUAACAAGAGGGAUCGAUUGCACGCAUGUAGCAGAAGCUUGGUAGUCAUUGCCAGACUCAAACACAUAAUUCACCUCAGCAUAAUGCACAAUAGUGCUUCCUACACGUUCCCUCUGAUGUCCACUCACUGCUGGUCAUGCAAACAGGUGUUGGAAAAAAGGAUAGUGUGUGUGUGUGUGCGUGUGUGUGCAUUUCAAGCACUGGAGCAGAGGUCUGCUUUCAUUUUGCAGAGAGAUAAAAAUCAAAGUACCUCCCACUCUUUCCUGUUACAUUCCCAGUCUGAGUAUUUGUUGUUUUUUCUUCUCCAGUUUGUCAAGCAGAGCUGCCAUUCAAGGCACUGACCCAUAAUGCAACAUAUUCUUGAUUGCAGUUACAGUGAUGUUACUGCAAACAAGUAUGUGGCUUGCUACAUCCGUGGUAUAUUCUUGUUAAAUUGUCUUUGUACUACAUUCAUCCUAAGUGGUGCCAGUCAGUGUUGGUGGGUUCGUUUGUUGUAUAAGAAAACGAUGAGCUACCACCCUGGUAAUGUUUUCCCCCAGAUGUCUAUAACAAACACUGGGCUUUUGAAAAAGGGAAACUCUUGGCUUUGUAGAAAUGUGAGACACAGCAAUGGACUCCUUAUGAGCCCACAUGCUGUGAUGCACUCUGCUCAUCGGCUCGACGAACCCAGACAGCUUGUGUUAUAAAGUUCACAGAUGGCUGACUCAGCAUUUGUAAUGAUCAACCUUUGUACAAAGUUGAAUAAGGGGCCUUUUCUCUGCAUGUUGUUGCUUUUUUUACUGUCUCUUACAAAUGUAUUGAUUACUAUUAGUAUUACUGUGACACAAGUAUUUCCAAAGCACAGGGACGCUUUUACAAAUACCGGAGCCUGCUCGCAGAGCUGACACAUCUGAGGAGUGGCAGCUUUUCAUAACAGCAUCGCAAGUGUAACGUUGGAGUGACCGAUAACAUGAGUGUAGAGUUGAAAGUUUUCUGUUUGCUUGAUGCAUUAUCGUUGCCAGGGUUAGCGUUAAAAACGACACACACAACCGAAAUGAGAAAUGGAGAAAUCUGUACUUUAAUGGCACCUAAAGACUUCCUGUGUCGGGUAGAAGGUAAUGAAAGCCAACACGUUUCCAGGUUGUUAUUGUUGACGACUGAAGCUAGGUCUGCCAUGGCUCUUAACCCUAGUGGGGCGUUUGUUUUGCUAUGAAUCUGGGUACAAUUACGUAUCGUAUCAUCGAGUACCAUCAGUAUUACUGUCCAGAAUAUCCUAUAGAGUGGGUGCAAUGUCAAGGUCAGAAAGAUCACAAAUGCCACAGGAGUUAGCAAGCAACUAACUGUUAUGUGCAGGAAUUGUCAUCACGGUUGGAAAUGCAGCUGACUAAACUGCCAAAUGUAUAAUGUUUCGGUUCCCCAAGAGGAAUCGAUGUAUGAAAAUGAAUUCAGUACUUCAGGACCUUCUCUAACUACACCGUGGCUUGUGGUUGAGUUGUGACUCACUGUGGUGUCCACACACACGGCCCAGCUGGCCAGAGUAUAAUCCUCUCUGUUGCUCAAUCACUGAGACACUGAAAACACAUCCCUGGUGUUUGUAAUGGACUCACUUUGUCUGCUGGUUGAAUGCUACCACACGGGAUACAUUUCACUGAAGACGCAGUUUCUGCUGCGUGUGCGUGUCGGUGUUUCUGCAUGAUGUUACGAUCAGUGCAGAGUGUCUUCUUCAAAGUGAAGCGUCACUGUCGGAGAGAGUGUUUCCCUUUGGAGUCCACAAGGGACACGGUAUCAUCAUCAACUCUUGUAGCUUUUUUUUUUUUUUCCAUCAAUUGUUUUGAGCUCAAUAAUUACUCCCUGUGGUGAAUAAUUCCCCCGCUUAUCAUCCGUUGACUUGUAUGUCAGAGCUGUCUCUCAGGACAGAUGUACACAAACACAUUCUUCAUCUUCAUCCCGCUCUUGCAAAUAGGCUCAGAAAAAAAAACCGAUUGGGAGGCUCAUGGUUUCCUAGCAACUGGAUUAAGGUCCCCACACCAUGUCUGUUUUUAGAAAGGAGUAAUCUAGAGGUUUCACUCUGUUGAGUUACCUUUUUUAAAUAUGAGGAACACCGACUGGCACGUCUUACUCAUACGCUGAGAUUUAGGCUAUUUAAAGCUCAAUAAAUUCCCACUAUUGCAUGUAAGUGAGAUGCCAGACAGAUUGUGCAUCCGUGGCAUGAUAUAUCAAUGGCUCCUUACGAGUCAGAGGAUAUGAGCUGUGCCUGCUGAGUCUUUCAGAAAGUAGCCGGGCAGUAAAGUAAGAAGAACUCAGGUGACGACAAGCUGUCAAAUUGAUUUUAUUUUGGAAGUGUAUCCAGCCACUGGGAUAUGGGGCGAUGUUAUAUCACACAUAAAACAAGCUCAAACAGCCAACCGCUGCACUCACAGUGUCAAUCCUGCUUAUGUCACUUCACUGACAUUCAUAGAAAAUUCAGCCUUGUGCGACACUCGUAUUCAGGCCGAUCACCUUCAUGCCUACCUCCAGUUGAACCCUUGUGAGUUGCCCGAGGUGUGAAGUCAUAGCAACAGCUCAAAGCCUCCAGACCUCAGUCGGUAGCUGUCACUCCCCUGGGUGGGACAUAGCGACUACAUAGUCAGUGAUCUUGGUGCCUGCGGGGCUUACUUACUGUCAGGUAGGACCGCACAGUAACUCUGAGCUCCAGUGCGAAUGAAGAUCGGUGUGAUAGGAGAGCCCUGGAUUAGAAUUCCUGCAGCCGCAUCCAUGGACGCUAUAAAGGAUGGGAGAGCUCAGCCCGUCUACAGCCGCUGGUCAUACAGACCCUCGAGCUCUGCCAGCUUCUCUAACUCAACGGCAAGUGGCAUCGAAGAUGACAGCACCAGUCUUAUGCAGCAGAAGCUGGAAAAACAGAGGGCACUGCUGGAGCAGAAGCAGCGGAGGAAGCGUCAGGAACCCCUGAUGGUGCAGCCCAACACAGAGGCUCGGCCCCGGCGCUCCAGGACGCGGCGUGGUGAGGAGCAGGCCCCUCUGGUGGAGUCCCAAGUCAGUAUCACCCACGAUGUCAUCAUGGAUGGUAUCGAUGGCCCAGCUGCUUUCUUGGGCUCAGAAGCCCCUGAUCUGGGAAUAAAAAUCCUGUCAGUGAGCCAGUUCCAAUCCCAGUCCCAGUCCCAGUCCCCUGUUGCCGAGGAGCCUGAGAGAGAUGGAGACACUGAGACGCUGCUAGAACCCAAGACAGAUAUCCAUGAAUUACUGCAGAAACAAGGUCUGUCUGGCAGUAUGAACUUCGAUGAAGACAGCGAGCACGAGGACGAUGCGGAGGAAGAACGUUCACGUUCUCUGUCCCCCAACGCAGACAACACCAGACCCGCCUCCGCCACCAGUGGCAAGGACAUUCCAGAGGUGGCAUCCCCCGGAUCGCCCACAGCAGAGAGCUCACUGAUCGAUGUGGACAAUCCAGAGGAGUUUGUCUUGCGUCCGGCUCCACGCAACGUCACCGUUAAAUGUCGAAUCACCCGGGACAAGAAGGGCAUGGACCGCGGCCUCUACCCCACCUACUUCAUGCACAUGGAGAGAGAUGAUGGCAAGAAAGUCUUUUUGCUGGCAGGAAGGAAGAGGAAGAAGAGUAAGACGUCCAACUACCUUAUUUCAGUGGAUGCCACUGAUCUGUCGCGAGAGGGAGAGAGCUUCAUAGGAAAGCUGAGGUCCAACCUCAUGGGCACCAAAUUUACAGUGUAUGACAACGGCACCAAUCCCUGCAAAAACCCCGGCACGCUGCUGGAGGAGAGCAACACGCGACAGGAACUGGCUGCCAUCUGCUACGAGACCAACGUGCUGGGAUUCAAAGGACCACGUAAGAUGACCGUAAUCAUCCCCGGCAUGAACAUGAACUUUGAAAGAGUCCCCGUAAGGCCUCAAAAUGAGCAGGAGAACCUCCUGAGCAGGUGGCAGAAUCACUCGCUGGACAACCUGAUUGAGUUGCACAAUAAGGCCCCCGUGUGGAACGAUGACACCCAGUCGUAUGUGCUGAACUUCCACGGACGCGUCACCCAAGCUUCGGUCAAAAACUUUCAAAUAGUUCACGACAACGACCCGGAUUACAUCGUCAUGCAGUUUGGCAGAGUGGCUGAAGACAUCUUCACUCUGGACUACAACUAUCCCAUGUGCGCUCUUCAGGCCUUCGCCAUUGGCCUGUCGAGCUUCGACAGCAAGUUGGCCUGUGAAUGAACCGCCGGUUUUUAGCUCCACACCACCACCUUAUUCCCCUCCCACCCCGUCAAAUCUCCUCUCACAGGACUGUUUGGAAGCCCACAGCUACACUGCUUACAUCAUCAGGGGCCGGAUCACGCAGAAGUCAAGAAACACAUAUGAGACUGAAGAAAAGAGCAGGAAGAUACUGAUAAGAGAUGGUGGUGCUCUGUUGUGCCGAUCCAAAACACCCUCUUUGUUUCUGUGUGGAAGCUUUUUUUAUCAUAUCAUUUUAGUGGGGUUAUUUCAGUAUCAAUCUAACCAUUUUGUACAGUUUACAUGUACACAUGUAUACAAAAUAAAAGGGAAAAGACAAAGCAGAACACACCCCUCUUGUUUGUGCCAGACACAGGCACUCUUGUCAGACAUCUGGUGCAGAAAUAUCCGAUAAUAGAUGUAUGACUCGGUCAAUGUUUGCAGGGGGUGAUGUGUGUAUUAACGAUGUAUUUUCUGUUGCCUUUGAAUUUGGUUUCCCUGCGUGUUUUUGCCACACUAGCGAUUUGGCUCCAAGGACGGCAAUGCCGGCUGAGAUUUGACUCUCCAGAGCAUAAACCGUAUUUAACUACAUAACAACGUGGCCUUUCCUCUGGCACCGCCCUCAGGCCAAACCUCAGAGUUAUCUGGUAACAAGGGACUAAGAAAGCAAAGUUGUUUUUAUGUUUUCCAUAAAUCAAACUGCAAGUAAGUUGCAUCAUGGUCAGAAUUUCAAUCUUUAUUACAUGUUUAAAUGUGACGACAUGGUUUAAUCUGCCGUUAUCGUUCUUUUGUUUUGUCAACCUUUUUUAUAUUCUCGUGUGGAAAGUGCAUUAUUCAGAACAGACCUGUGUUAUGGUUUUUGUUUGGAUUUUUUUUUGUGAAUAAGUGUAAUUUUUAUUACUGACGAGUUGGAUUAUCAUGAGAGAAAAAAAAUGCAGAAUUGCACAUGUAAACAGAAAGGAUAUACAUACUGUAUAUAAAACACAAGGUAAUGCCUUAUCUGAUCUCUUCUAGCAGUCUUUAAAAAAAACACAAUUUACUAAAUGUUAUUUCAAGACAUGGAAUUUUAAAAUAUUGGAGAGUUAAUACACUAGAUAGAGCUUAUAUUUUCACUGGUGCACAAAUACAGAGGUCGCCCCAGACUUUGUUUGUAUGAAGAAAAUCAAGAACUGUUUCUACACUUGAGUAUUCAAGAUAUGAGGGAGCUUUAAUUAAGCUGAGAUAGAGGCCGUUAUGUACAACUCACAGGUUUCAACAAUAUAACUGCCAGUGUCUCCUCCCUUUAGAAUUAUAAGGGAAAUCAAUAAAGGACGGCGUCCUUUACGGGUCUAUGUCAUCAUUAAAUGUCUCUAAUAUUUUGUUAUUUCAGUGUACUGUAUGUCUGUGAGGGACGUACAGUACAUCUGUUUAGUACAUAAAUAAUUCAGUUAUUUUAAAUCAGUCUAAUCUGGAUCCUCGAAAGAAAAAAAUGUUGCGUGUUAUUCAGGGUUAAAUAUAAAUGCUACUUGAUGUCACAGAUACAAUCAAGAGUACAAACACCUGGUUAUGUCUUAAGGGAAUUAAUGUUACAUUUUUUCAAAGUGUGCCAGCAAUUUAUGAACUUCCUGUUUUGUCAUUUUGUGUGCAAUGGAGUUUUGAGGAGAGAGAGAAAAAAAGAGUUUGUAGCAGAUAUUUUGAAAUAUAAAUGCUUUUAGUGAAACACAUUCCAGUCUGACGACAUGUUCAUACGGUUUUAUUGGAACAGAUGAAAAACAGUGGGUGAUCAUGUUCAAAUACAGAGAGAUGAGUGGAUUCAGUGAACAGGUUAUUUUCAUGAACAUGACCGAUGUCAAUUUGAUUCAGAACACCUUUGAGAGAAAAACAACAGUACUUAUUUACAUCGAUGUAAAAUGUUUGAGUAACCAAAAUAAAAAAACAUUUUGAAAAAGUG